AUGUUCACUAAGGGCGAAAUAGCGAGUUUAAUAAUCGGCGUUGUGUGUCUUAUUGCCUCUAUAGUAAUGUUCUUCACAUUUCCCAUUAUCUAUCCUCAAAUGGUUGUUAAGAAUCUGCAAUUCAUCCAAAAUAACGAUGGAAGUCUUGGCUAUUCAGCUCUUAAAAUGGCUAAUCCACCAAUGAGAAAUAUUAUGAAAUUCUACUUUUUUAACAUAACAAAUCCAGACGAAAUGGUCUACGAAGGUGCUCAACCACGUCUUAGUGAAACAAAAGCUUAUGCAGUAAUGUAA